CUUAUUUUUAAUUUUAUUUUUGGUGGACAAAUCUUUUUUUUUACAACAUUAAAAACAAAGAGGUAUAGCAAAAAGUUUGCAAUGGAAACAUUUACCAAUUCAAAGUUCAUUAAACAAAAGAUGGAAAAAAAGACUGUCUCAGCAGUUCAGAAUAACUUUAGUAAAGCAAGUCAAAGUUUCCUUCAUAAACCAAAUUUAUCUCCAACAUUUGUCGAAACAGAUUUAGAAGUUUCUGAGUUGUUAGAAAGUUGGAAAAAAGACACAAGUCUUCCAGCUUCUAAAAGUACGUCAUCUUUUAAAAACGGGUCAGAAUCGCCUACCUACUUAAGCAUUAUACAUGGAAAUUGUUUUAAUGACGUUAGAGAAGAAAAGAAUAUCAAUUCGAAUAGUAACUUUGAACAGGAAAAAUUUUUUAAAGAUAGCAAAGAAAUUGAUGAAACUUUGUUUAUAAAUGAAAUUUUAAAUAAUAUGAGAGAAUUAGAUAUUUCAAGCAAUGUGCCAUUAGAUUUAAAAAAGAUUAAAGUAAAGGACCAUUCUCUGAGAAAGGCUAACAGAAAUAUAGAGGAUAGAGCCAAGAAUAAAUUAAGACAAGAAAAUACAUUAAAAUAUAAGAAUGCAUUGCUUGAAAAACAAAAUGUUGCAGAGCAAGCAAAAAAACGUGUAGAAGAAGAAGAAAAAGAAUAUUUUAAAGUAAAAAUGAAAGAGGAAGAAGAUAUCAAAAAACAAAUGAUAAAAAUUAAAAAAGAGCUGGAUGAAGAAAAGAAAAUGAGAGAGAAAGAGUUACAGCGGUAUUUAACAUAA